AUGCCAGUUCUGAGGCCGACCACUGAAUGGGGUCACUGCAUGCCCCCCGAGUCGGACUACGGCAUCACAACCUACGCGCCAGGCUGGGAUUCGGCAAUCAAGAUCCGUGAUGGCGACCCGGCCACCAUGGCCCGCAUUGUGCACCUCUACCCCCGAUUUGGUCCCUUCGGGCCCGUUGCCAGAGCUCUCAAGGCCAUCUGUGCCAAGAUCCAAACGCCCGAGGGCCACGGCGCGCUCUACUUCACCUCUCCCGUGUCAUUCGCCGCGGUGCGCGCCCACGCCCUCCACCCUUACCGCAAGCAGCACGUCCUAGUCGAAAGAGAUCUGGGCUACCGGUGCGUCGAUGUGGGCGAUGUGCGGCUGUACCUCGUCACGUAUCCCAUGCCCAAGACACCCGGGGUCAUCGGCGCCUGGCAGAACCCCGGGUUCGGGGUUUCCAUCCGCCUGGCGGAGAAGCUGCUGCGAGACCUUGACUCGCUGAAGGAAGUUGGCCUCGAGGCGGACUUGCCGCCCCCGUCGACGGAAUUUCUGCCCGAGGGCGAGGCGCAUGGGAAGCUGAGGGGGCGCAUCGCGGGACUCCUGCGCAGGGCCGCGAUCGACCCGGAGAACGCCAGGGCCGAGAGCAAAGACGUGUUUCUGUACCCCACGGGGAUGGCCGCCAUCGCCGCGGCGAACAGGACGAUCCAGGACUACCGGCCCGGCAGCGUCGUGGUUCUCGGCUGCGCGUUCCGUAGCACCUUGCAGCACCUCGAGGAGUCCUCGCCGCGUGGAUACAAGCACUUCGGGCCGGUCGACGCAAAGGGCCUGGGUGUGUUUGAGAGCUGGCUCGACGAGGAGUUUGUCGCAGGGAAGGGCGUGAGCUAUGUCUUUGCCGAGUUCCCCAACAACCCCUUGCUGGCAAGCAUCGACAUCGGACGCCUGGGGAAACUUGCGGAGAAGCACGGGUUCAUGAUCGUUCUCGACGACACGGUCGGCUCCUUUGCCAACAUCGACGUCCUCUCGGAGGCGGACAUCCUCGUCUCUUCCCUCACGAAGUCGUUUUCGGGCUACGCAAACGUCAUGGGGGGCAGUACCGUCCUGAACCCCCUUUCGCCACACUACCCGGCUCUCUCGCCCCUCUGGUACGAAACGUACCACAACGAACUCUACAUCGGCGACGCGGAGGUCUUGCUUUCCAACUCGGACGACUACCUCCCGCGCACCGCGAUCCUGAACCGUAACGCCGCCGCCAUGGCCAAGCAUCUCCACGCCCACGCCAAGGAUCCUUCGACCCCCGUCGCCAGGGUUCUCUAUCCGUCCCUCCUCCCGGACUAUGAGGUCUAUAGGGCUCGCCUGCGCAAGCCAACCCCUGAACUCCCGGAGCCUGCCGCGGGGUGCCUCAUGAGCGUCGAGUUCGACUCCGUUGCCGCGGCGCGCGCGUUCUAUGACCGAUUGGCGUUCUAUCCAGGCCCCCAUCUCGGCGCCCACCGCACGCUCAGCUUCGCGUACAACCUGCUCGCCUUCAGCAAACACCCUGACGAGGCGGCGUACCAUCGGUCGUACGGCAUCCUGGAGGAGAUGGUGCGCAUCUCGGCGGGCCUGGAGGACGUACAAGACUUGCUGGACACGUUGGACGACGCACUGGUUGCUGCUCGGGAGGCCAAGGAUAAGUUGGCGGAGGGGCCGAGGACGUUGGAGGCUGCUGCCGGGUUGGGGUUUGCCGCUUGA